UCUGCUGGUUUAGGAGAAAUGGACGGGGAUUAUGGAUUAGCGAGAGAACUUUCGGAUCUGCAGCAGCUCCGAACCCUCUACAAACCUCAACUCCCGCCCUGCCUUCAGGGAACUACGGUUCGUGUAGAGUUUGGUGAUGCAACCAUAGCUGCAGAUCCUUCAGGUGCUCACACCAUAAAAAGGUCGUUUCCUCAUACUUAUGGUCAACGUUUAGCGCACUUCCUCAGAGCUACAGCUAAGGUUCCUGAUGCUCAAUUUAUUACUGAUCAUCCUGCAGUUAGGGUAGGAGUGGUGUUUUGUGGGAGGCAAUCUCCUGGAGGACAUAAUGUAAUUUGGGGCCUUUUUGACUCUCUAAAAGUCCACAACCCAAAAAGUGUGUUGCUUGGUUUUUUGGGUGGUUCUGAAGGUUUAUUUGCUCAAAAAACUUUAGAGAUGAGUGAUGAGAUUCUUGCAACCUACAAAAACCAAGGUGGAUAUGAUUUGCUUGGACGGACAAAAGAUCAAAUUAGAACAACAGAACAAGUCAAUGCGGCACUUAAUGCAUGCACAACUUUAAAGCUGGAUGCUCUUGUCAUUAUUGGGGGUGUGACAUCAAACACAGAUGCUGCCCGACUUGCAGAAAUAUUUGCAGAAAGAAAGUGCUUGACAAAGGUUGUUGGUAUUCCCGUUACUCUAAAUGGAGAUCUUAAGAACCAUUUUGUUGAGACAAAUGUAGGUUUUGACACAAUUUGUAAGGUGAAUUCCCAGCUGAUCAGCAAUGUAUGCACUGAUGCACUAUCCGCAGAAAAGUAUUAUUAUUUCAUAAGACUCAUGGGAAGAAAGGCAUCUCAAGUUGCAUUAGAGUGCACUCUUCAGUCUCAUCCCAAUAUGGUAAUUCUUGCUGAAGAGGUGGAUGCAUCUAAGCUUACACUUUUUGACAUCACAAAAAAAUUAUGCGAUGCUGUUCAAGCAAGGGCAGAACAAGAUAAAUACCAUGGUGUGGUUCUAUUGCCCGAGGGGCUCAUAGAAAGUAUUCCGGAAGUAUAUGCUCUGUUGCAGGAAAUUCAUGGUUUACUCAGGAAAGGUGUCUCUGCUGACAAUAUUUCUGGUCAACUGUCACCUUGGGCUUCUGCAUUGUUCGAAUUCCUGCCUCCUUUUAUUAGGAAUCAGCUUCUUCUUCACCCAGAAUCAGAUGACUCUGCACAACUCUCUCAGAUUGAGACGGAAAAGCUUUUAGCUCAUCUUGUUGAAAUAGAAAUGAACAAACGGCAGGAAGAAGGAACCUACAAGGGGAAGAAAUUCAAUGCAAUUUGCCAUUUCUUCGGUUAUCAAGCUCGCGGAUCAUUGCCUUCCAAAUUUGAUUGUGACUAUGCUUAUGUGCUUGGUCAUAUCGGCUAUCACAUAAUUGCUGCUGGGUUGAAUGGUUAUAUGGCAACUGUUAACAACUUGAAGAACCCUGUGAAUAAGUGGCGGUGUGGCGCUGCUCCCAUCACUGCUAUGAUGACCGUGAGGCGGUAUGGUAAUAACCCUUCGAUCCUCGGACAACCAGCCCUCCGUCCUGCAACUGUUGAUUUGAAGGGCAAGGCCUACGACUUGCUGAGACAGAACGCAACCAAGUUCUUGAUGGACGACAUCUACAGAAACCCUGGCCCCCUCCAGUUCGAAGGCGCUGGUGCUGAUGCCAGGCCCGUGAUCCUCUGCGUUGAAGAUCAGGAUUACAUGGGACGCAUCAAGGAACUGCAAGAAUACCUUGAGAAGGUGCGAUCAAUAGUUAAACCAGGUUGCUCUCAAGAUAUUGUUAAGGCUGCUCUGUCAGCCAUGGCUGCUGUUACCGACAUUCUCUCGGUAAUGGCCUCUCCUUCCACUUCUUAGACGAAUCGCAGUUUACUGUGUUACAACUGCAACAUUAUCUCUCUCUCUCUGGUGGUUUGUACUAGUAUGUAUUUCCUUAUCAGAGUAAAUUAACAUACGAAGCCAGUUUUGGAUUAAUGGUGAGGACUUUCAUUUUUUUGCUU